AUGGCGUCGACACCCAAAACCACUCUCCCCCUCACUUUUGGUAUUGAGCUGGAAGCAAUCUUCGCAUUCCAUGAGAGCCGCCUACAAAACCAUCUCGACAAACACCGUCCAGACACAAGACUAGUCAAAGACACCCACUGCAGUACGCAACCGGGCGGCACAGAACAAUCGAACGGCUAUACUAGCUGGUUGCUCCGAGAAGCCGACAAGAACUCAACACCACAAGGACCUAUCGAUGAGCAGUGUGGCGAGAUGUCCAGGCUCCGACAAUACCACGAGGAGCCGCUAGAGCUUGCGCAGGAUGUUAUCGGCCAAAGCAUACGGGUCCACUACUCAGCCGAGUAUACAAAGCAGACUGACUACUCGGCGUGGAGCAUCUCCAACGACAGCAGCCUGAACGGCCUCACCAAGCAGGCUCUAAUGGAGGCCUUCAACGACCGCAUCCCCACGCUAGAAGCCGCCAAUGACUGGGACUCCUCGGGGGUCGAGCUCAUCUCACCACCAUACACUGAUGCCGCGCACGCUUACGACGAAGUCUCCGCCAUUCUCUCCUCUCUCCGCGGCACAUCCUUAUCAGACUACGGCGCGACCGUUAGCACCAUCUGCGGCAUGCACGUGCACGUCGGCCUCCCUAAUAACGAGCGCUUCAGCAUCACUACUCUUCAGCACUUAGCAUACUUACUAGUUGUCUACGAAGAGGAGAUCAGCCAGCUGCACGAGCCGCAGCGGCAUCAGGCCGCGGAGGAGAUCAUCACCAACCGCGAAAAUUUCCUCCACGACGGCUGCGCGGAGCCGGUGGAGCGGCUCGUCAUCAAUUCAGAAACUGGUGAGCGCGAGUGCAAAAAGUUCGUGCCGAUAUUCAAGCCGCUGGAGGAGAUCCGCGCGUCGCUGUCUGAGACGGUUGCCGCUGCGGCGCAGCCGCUGGAGAGGCUGCUCGGCUUCAUGGGCAGGCAUCGGGCGCACAUCGUCAACUUCUCGGGUUUAGUGAGGGAGAACAGGCCGAACACGGUCGAGUUUCGGCAACAUGCCGGGACGCUCGACCCGCAGGAUGUAUUCUGGUGGGUGAGAUUCUGUACCGGGCUGGUGCAGCUCGCGCAUCGGUAUACUAUAACCGGAGAAGAGUGCCCGGUGAGUGAUUGGGAAGACAAGAUCGAUAUAGAAGACCUCUUUGAGGCUAUACAGUUCCCAGAAGAAGGGAAAGAGUACUUCAGAAAGAGGAGGGAGACCUACGCGCCCAAGGCGCCUAAGAGAAUAGGUUACUGGGAGGAGUGGGUGGAUUGGGAUGCGGAGUACGAGUUAUCGCGAUGCGACUCGCCGAUAGGAAACAGCUGGUGA